AUGGCGUCAUCCGCCCCCUAUGCCCCUCAGGACGCCAAGGAGGUCGCCCGUGUGUUGGAUGCCCUAGAGUCGGCCCGCAAGGAGAAGCGUCGCGGCGGCUUCUCGGUCAAGAAGACGACCUUUGACGUCAAGUCGUCUCGGGAUGGCAUCCAGGUCGACUCGUGGAGACUCCAGGACUGGGACUACAAGCGGCCUGGCUUGCCAACCUACGCCCGCGGCCUCUUCACCACCAAGACACGCAACGGGACGCCCGAAAUCGUUGUCAGGGGCUAUGACAAGUUCUUCAACGUGGGCGAGGUCAACGAUACCAAGUGGGACAACGUCAUUGCCAAGACGCAGCCGCCCUACGAGCUGACCCUCAAAGAGAACGGUUGCAUCAUCUUCAUCUCCGGGCUCGAGGACGAGACUCUGCUCGUGUGCAGCAAGCACUCGACUGGCGACCGCGCCGAUGCCGACGUCAGCCAUGCCAGUGCAGGCGAGAUCCGCUUGGAGAAACAGCUGGCCGCUAUCGGCAAGACCAAGGCCGACUUCGCCCGCGAACUACGCCGGCGCAACGCAACCGCCGUUGCCGAGCUCUGCGAUGACUCCUUUGAGGAGCAUAUCUUGGCCUACGGCCCAGAAAAGGCUGGCUUGUACCUCCACGGUGUCAAUCUCAACCUGCCAAGCUUCAGCACCUACCCGAGCGUCGCCGUGCAAGAGUUUGCCGGCCAGUGGGGCUUCCACAAGAUAGGACUCAUCACCAUGGAUGACUUGCUCCAAGUCAAGGCCUUCCUUGAAGAGGCGGCCCAGACCGGAGCUCAUGGUGGCCGGGACGUUGAAGGCUUCGUCAUUCGCUGCAGAAAGAGCCUCGAUCCGGCCACACACCCUUACCAAGAUUGGUUCUUCAAGUUCAAGUUUGAAGAACCGUAUCUCAUGUAUCGGCAGUGGCGUGAAUGCACCAAGGCCCUCAUCUCCGGCAAGCACCCGAAGUUCAAAAAGCACGCCAAGAUUACGGGAGAAUACCUCACGUACGCCCGCAAGCGUCUGGCUGCCGACAAAAACCUUGGCAGGUUAUACAACCAGAACCACGGCAUCAUUGCCCUGCGCGACGACUUUCUCAAGUUUAAAAACUUGAAUGGUUCCGACGCCGCCAACAUGGACGAGCUGGAGCCAGUCGCCAUGACGGAGGUCACUGGAAACGUCAUUCUGUGCCCCAUUGCGACCAUUGGAUGCGGGAAGACAACCCUUGCCCUGGCUCUGACCCAUCUCUUUGGAUGGGGGCACAUCCAGAACGACAACAUUUCUGGCAAGGGGCGCGCGCCUCGAUUCACCAGGGCUGUUCUGGACCAGCUCGAGCAGCAUCCUGCUGUGUUUGCAGACCGGAACAACGCGCAGCGACAUGAGAGGAAGCAACUCAUUCCCGACGUGAGACUCCAAAACGCCUCGGCAAAGCUCGUGUGUCUCAACUUUCAGCAUGACGAGGACUCCAUAGACGAGAUUCGACGCGUCACCCAGGAGAGGGUUGUCGCUCGUGGCGACAACCACCAAACGAUUCGCGCUGCCACGGACAGAGAAAGGUUUUUGGGCGUCAUGGAGGGCUUCAUUGGCAGGUUUGAGCCUUGCAAUCCCCACGUCCAGCCGGACAGCGACUUCGACGUUGUGAUAGACCUGGAUCCCACGGCCGGCAGCCGCGUCAAUCUCGAAACUGUAGUCACGCGGCUUCACCAGUAUUUUCCGAACCUGGUCAAGGAAGUGCCGUCUCCCGAACGGCUCGAUGCUGCCAUUGACGGAGCCAUUGCGUACCAGCCGACCUUCAGGCACGAGAUCCCCAUUCGAGCAAAUGGGCGCAAAAACGAGACCCAGCAGUCACAGGAACCACAGAAGAAGAAGAAGAAGCCCUUGGAGUAUAUGUCUGUAGAGGUUCCGAGCCAUUCCGUCAACGCAGCACUCGAGCAGGCCUUUCGUGGCACAGACUCGCAGACAUCCCGCUUCUACAAGCAGCUGCAGCAAACACGGAGAGUUCAGCACAAGUUUCACGUUACCCUCAUGCAUCGUGCAGCCUCGAAGGAGCAUCCCGAGCUUUGGCAGCGGUAUGCGCAACUCCACCAGGCCGUCGGCGGGACCGAAGAUUUGCUUGGCAGCUGUGAACUGAUGCUCGAACGGGUUGUGUUUGAUGAUCGCAUCAUGGCCAUUGUAGUCCGUCUUAUCGACCAGGAAGGAAAGUGGGAGUGUGUGAACCGGGUUGCUCAUGUGACUGUCGGGACACGGGACAACUCGGUGAAACCCAAAGAGAGCAAUGAUUUGCUGGCCAAGUGGCUGAUGGAGGGCGUUUCAGAGGGCGGGAUUGGCGAGGUGGUCUUCCGGAACAAUCCAACUGUCAAGGGGGAUGUCAGAGGUGUACUGGCAAGGUAA